AUGUCUGUGCCCUCCAACCGGGAGCACCACUUCCAGAACUUGAGGGACAGGUACACGAACUGCACGUACGUGGACGGCAACCUGGAGCUGACAUGGCUUCAGGACAAGAAUCUUGACCUCAGUUUCUUGCAAUACAUUCGCGAAGUGACGGGUUAUGUACUCAUCUCUCAUGUGGACGUCAAACGGAUAGUACUCCCGAGCCUUCAGAUCAUCAGAGGUCGCACUCUAUUCAAACUCAAUGUCCGCGACGAGGAGUUCGCUUUAAUGGUAACCCUCAGCAAAAUGGAAAACCUGGAAACGCCCGCUCUUAGAGAUAUACUGUCUGGAUCCGUUGGAUUCUUCAAUAACUACAAUCUGUGUCACAUCCGGACCGUGAACUGGGAUGAGAUCCUAACGGGUUCUAAGGCUAAGACCAUAUAUGUAUAUAACUUCACUCAACCAGAACGCGAAUGUCCGCCAUGUCAUGACUCGUGCGAAGAGGGCUGUUGGGGCGAGGGUUCGCACAACUGCCAGAAGUUCUCGAAGAUUAACUGUUCCCCUCAGUGCCAUCAGGGAAGAUGUUUCGGACCCAACCCUAGGGAGUGUUGUCAUCUGUUUUGCGCGGGCGGUUGCACUGGUCCUAAACAGAGUGAUUGUCUCGCCUGUCGUAACUUCUAUGAUGACGGUGUCUGCAAACAAGAGUGCCCUCCGAUGAUGCGCUACAACCCGUCCACCUAUUCCUGGGAAAGCAAUCCCGAAGGAAAGUACGCCUACGGGGCCACGUGUGUCAAGAACUGUCCCGACCAUCUGCUCAAAGACAACGGCGCUUGUGUGCGCUCGUGUCCGCCCAACAAGAAAGCCUUUAACGGCGAGUGCGUGCCCUGUGACGGGCCCUGUCCUAAGAACUGUCAGGGCGUGGAUGUGGUCCACGCGGGAAACAUCGACUCGUUUAAGGGGUGCACCAUAAUCGAGGGCUCGAUCACCAUUCUGGACACUUCGUUCAAUGGGUUCCAAGAAGUCUACACAAACUUCACGUUCGGUCCCCAUUACCCACGAAUGCAUCCAAACAAACUGGAAGUGUUCAAUACGUUGCGAGAAGUGACCGGAUUCGUCAGUAUUCAGUCCUCGCACCAGGACUUCAAGAACCUGUCCUGCUUCAAGAACCUGGAUAUCAUCGGCGGUCGCCAACUAACUGAAUAUUUCGCUGCUCUGUAUAUUGUGAAGACAUCCCUACAGUCGCUGAGUCUGCGGUCACUAAAGAAGGUGCGAUCGGGAAGUGUGGCUAUUCUGGAGAACAAAGAGCUGUGUUUCGCGUCCAGUAUUGACUGGAAGAAAGUGAUGCGAUCCUCAGCUCAUAAUAUGCUGCUCCAGAGCAAUGGCGAUGAGGACAAGUGCCGCAAGAAAGGACUGGUUUGCCACUCGCAAUGUGGCAGUGAUGGUUGUUGGGGUCCCGGACCAGAUGAAUGCCUGUCAUGCCGUUCGUAUAGAUUGGGAGAAACAUGUAUUCAAAGUUGUAAUACGAGUUUAGGCAUUUAUGACGCGGGGAAUCAAAUCUGCAAACACUGUCACGAAGAGUGCUCAGGCGAGUGUUUUGGCCCCGGGGCUGGCAAUUGCUCCCAAUGCAGGCACGUGAGGGACGGCCCCUACUGUGUCCACGACUGUCCCGUCUCCAAGUUCGGGCAGAACGGAGAGUGCAAACCGUGUCACGAGAACUGCGUCCAGGGAUGUACGGGUGCUCUCAACAAGUUAGGAGACGGCGGCUGCAAGUCGUGCGAGAAGGCCAUCGUCAGUAUGUACGACCCCAAUGUUGUCGAGCAGUGUCUCAAAGCGGACGAGUCGUGUCCGGACGGCUUCUAUCACGAGUACAUCGGCCCGCAAGAGGAGGGCGCCCUCAAGUCAUUGACCGGAAAGUCUGUUUGCCGUAAAUGUCACCAACGAUGCAAAAACUGUACCGCUUUUGGUAUUCAUGUGUCUGUUUGCGAGUGUUUGAGGUAUAGCUCGGGAGAGCAGUGCGAAGACCAGUGCCCUCGCGAUCACUACGCGGAUGAAGCCAACCAUAAGUGUGUGAAGUGUGCGGACGAGUGCCGCAAGUGUUACGGCCCGACGACCAGUAAUUGCAUCGCUUGUCGUAAUUAUCGAGUCUAUAGUGGAGACGAGAAAAAACUAUUCAAUUGCACGGCUUCUUGUCCGUCGGAGAAGCCCUACAAAGUGUUUGAAGACAACAACGAAGACCCCUAUUGUUCCGACAAAGACCCCAACAUCGCUGCCUAUGGCGUGAACACCGAGGAGGACCCCUGGACUGUAAUCAUAGGCGGAAGUGCCGGAUGUGUUGUGCUGUUCGGCGUAUUUCUUGCAAUAUUUAGCUAUCAAUGGCUACAAAGAGCGCGAACUAAAGAAAACACAAUGAAGUUAACGAUGAGAAUGAGUGGUUUCGACGACAACGAGCCGUUGAAGCCGUCAAACGUGAAGCCAAAUUUAGCCCAAUUAAGGAUCGUAAAGGAGGCCGAGCUUCGGAAGGGCGGCAUUCAUGGUGUCGGUGCCUUCGGUACGGUCUAUAAGGGUGUUUGGGUUCCUGAGGGCGAAAACGUCAAAAUACCGGUCGCUAUCAAAGUGCUGAGAGAAGGCACUCAACCCAACACUAAUAAGGAGUUCUUAGAGGAGGCCUACAUUAUGGCGAGUGUCGAUCACCCGAAUCUACUCAAACUGCUGGCCGUGUGCAUGACCUCCGAGCUAAUGCUUGUCACACAACUCAUGCCAUUGGGUUGU